AGAGUGCUUAGUCUCUCACCAAGACUUCAGUUUGUACUUCACACUACAAACUGCAAGCUCUUCUCGUUUUUUUUAGAUUGAAAUCCCAGCACCCACCAGCGUCCCCUCGGUCACCCUCAGAUCCCCCCCACCCUGACCCCUGUCUCUGGGAGGUUCUGAGACAAAGCGGGGGCCUGUGGCCUGUGGCCUGUGGCCUGUGGGGCGCGGGGUGGAUUUGGGACCCCUGCCACAGAGCCAGCCGCGUGCAGCAGGAGGGGGGCUGCACGCUCUGCCAACCCAACAGAGGUCGAGGAGGAGGAGGAGCUCCAGGGACCGGCCCCCAGACCAACGCCCACCCCUCGCCGGCCCAGCCCGAUUGUGCUACCAACUCAAAAACAUGGAGUCUCUGACGCCUUAUCACACCGCCCACAGCGCCUCCAGGGUGGGCAUGUUCAACACCGCCAUGGGGAAACUCCAGCGACAACUGCGUAAGGGCGAAUAUGACCUGUUUAAAUACGCACCCAUGCUCGAAAGCGACUUUGUGCAGGUCACCAAAAGAGGGGAAGUCGUCGACGUGCACAACCGAAUCCGAAUGAUGACCGUGGGCAUCGCAUCCACCAGCCCCAGCCUCCCGCUCCCAGAUGUCCUGCUGCUGGCCCGCCCGGCCACCGGCUGUGAACAGUACUCCGACCAGGGCCACGCCACCAAGGGAAAAGGCCGCAAGGCUUCCACCACCCUGGAGCUCACCAGGCUCCUUCCCUUGAAGUUUGUGAGGCUUUCUGUUCACGACCGGGAAAAACAAAUGCUUCGCCUCAAAUUCGCCACCGGCCGCUCCUGCUACCUGCGGCUGAGCCCCCCACUGGAUGCACAGGAAGACCUCUUCCCCUACUGGGAGAGCAUUAUCCAGGUACUGAGGCCGCCGCCGGUGCCCACUCACAGCAGAACCGACGCCGCUCGAGCAGAGGACAUGCUGGACAUGCCUCUGCUGGAGGACGACGACGGCAGGAACGCAGCAGGCGCAGAUGUCCAAAUAAUCGAUCAGGACCAGGUCAGUGUCCGGAGCCUCCCCGAGGGCUCUGAGGUGGCCGGGGCCACCUCUGCAGCUUUUGCUGGCGGGCAAGAGACCUUUCAGGACCCCCCAAAACGCAACAGCGUGCCCACUGUCGCUGCCCACAACUGCCCGGGGCUCUACAGGGAGUCGGCAGCAGGGGCCAUGUCCGAGGACCAGGUAAGUGUCAGGAGCCUCCACGAGGACUCUGAGGUGGCCGGGGCCACCUCUGCAGCUUUUGCUGGCGGGGAAGAGACCUUUCAGGACCCCGCAAAACCCAACAGCGUGCCCACUGUCGCUGCCCCCAACUGCCCGGGGCUCUCCAGGGAGUCGGCAGCAGGGGCCAUGUCCGAGGACCAGGUAAGUGUCAGGAGCCUCCAAGAGGACUCUGAGGUGGCCGGGGCCACCUCUGCAGCUUUUGCUGGCGGGCAAGAGACCUUUCAGGAUCCCCCAAAACCCAACAGCGUGCCCACUGUCGCUGCCCCCAACUGCCCGGGGCUCUCCAGGGAGUCGGCAGCAGGGGCCAUGUCCGAGGACCAGGUAAGUGUCAGGAGCCUCCACGAGGACUCUGAGGUGGCCGGGGCCACCUCUGCAGCUUUUGCUGGCCGGGAAGAGACCUUUCAGGACCCCGAAAAACCCUACAGUGUGCCCACUGUAGCUUCCCCCAACUGCCCGGGGCUCUACAGGGACUCGGCAGCAGGGGCCAUGUCCGAGGACCAGGUCAGUGUCAGGAGCCUCCACGAGGACUCUGAGGUGGCCGGGGCCACCUCUGCAGCUUUUGCUGGCGGGCAAGAGACAUUUCAGGACCCCCCAAAACCCAACAGCGUGCCCACUGUCGCUGUCCCCAAUUGCCCGGGGCUCUCCAGGGAGUCGGCAGCAGGGGCCAUGUCCGAGGACGAGGUAAGUGUCAGGAGCCUCCACAAGGACUUUGAGGUGGCCGGGGCCACCUCUGCAGCUUUUGCUAGCGGGGAAGAGACCUUUCAGGACCCCCCAAAACCCAACAACGUGCCCACUGUCGCUGCCCCAAACUGCACGGGGCUCUCCAGGGAGUCGGCAGCAGGGGCCUCGUCAGAGGACCAGGUCAGUGUCAGGAGUCUCCACGAUGGCUCAGAGGUGGCCGGGGCCACCUCUGCAGCUUUUGCUGCCGUUGAAGAGACCUUUCAGGACCCCGCAAAACCCAACAGCGUGCCCAAUGUCACUGCCCACAACUGCCCGGGGCUCUACAGGGAGUCAGCAGCAGGGGCCAUAUCCGAGGACCAGGACCCCCCAAAACCCAACAGCGUGCCCACUGUCGCUGCCCACAACUGCCCGGGGCUCUCCAGGGAGUCGGCAGCAGGGGCCAUGUCCGAGGACCAGGUCAGUGUCAGGAGCCUCCACGAGGGCUCUGAGGUGGCUGGGGCCACCUCUGCAGCUUUUGCUGCCGUUGAAGAGACCUUUCAGGACCCCCCAAAACCCAACAGCGUGCUCACUGUCGCUGCCCCCAACUGCACGGGGCUCUCCAGGGAGUCGGCAGCAGGGGCCAUGUCCAAGGACCAGGUAAGUGUCAGGAGCCUCCACAAGGACUCUGAGGUGGCCGGGGCCACCUCUGCAGCUUUUGCUGGCGGGCAAGAGACCUUUCAGGACCCCCCAAAACCCAACAGCGUGCCCACUGUCGCUGCCCCCAACUGCCCGGGGCUCUCCAGGGAGUCGGCAGCAGGGGCCAUGUCCGAGGACCAGGUAAGUGUCAGGAGCCUCCACCAGGACUCUGAGGUGGCCGGGGCCACCUCUGCAGCUUUUGCUGGCGGGGAAGAGACAUUUCAGGACCCCCCAAAACCCAACAGCGUGCCCACUGUCGCUGCCCCCAACUGCCCGUGGCUCUCCAGGGAGUCGGCAGCAGGGGCCAUGUCCGAGGACCAGGUAAGUGUCAGGAGCCUCCACGAGGGCUCUGAGGUGGCCGGUGUCACCUCUGCAGCUUUUGCUGGCGGAGAAGAGACCUUUCAGGACGCCCCAAAACCCAACAGCGUGCCCACUGUCGCUGCCCCCAACUGCCCGGGGCUCUACAGGGAGUCGGCAGCAGGGGCCAUGUCCGAGGACCAGGUAAGUGUCAGGAGCCUCCACGAGGACUUUGAGGUGGCCGGGGCCACCUCUGCAGCUUUUGCUGGCGGGCAAGAGACAUUUCAGGACCCCCCAAAACCCAACAGCGUGCCUACUGUCGCUGCCCACAACUGCCCGGGGCUCUCCAGGGAGUCGGCAGCAGGGGCCAUGUCCGAGGACCAGGUCAGUGUCAGGAGCCUCCACGAGCGCUCUGAGGUGGCCCGGGCCACCUCUGCAGCUUUUGUUAGCGGGAAAGAGACUUUUCAGGACCCGGCAAAACCCAACAGCGUGCCCACUGUCGCUGCCCCCAACUGCCCGGGGCUCUACAGGGAGUCGGCAGCAGGGGCCAUGUCCGAGGACCAGGUAAUUGUCAGGAGCCUCCACGAGGACUCUGAGGUGGCCGGGGCCACUUCUGCAUCUUUUGCUGGCGGGGAAAAGACCUUUCAGGACGCCCCAAAACCCAACAGCGUGCUCACUGUCGCUGUCCCCAAUUUGUUAGGAGUCUCCACGAUGGCUCUGACGUGGCCGGGGCCACCUCUGCAGCUUUUGCUGCCGUUGAAGAGACCUUUCAGGACCCCGCAAAACCCAACAGCGUGCCCACUGUCGCUGCCCCCAACUGCACGGGGCUUUCCAGGGAGUCGGCAGCAGGGGCCAUGUCCGAGGACCAGGUCAGUGUCAGGAGCCUCCACGAGGGCUCUGAGGUGGCCGGGGCCACCUCUGCAGCUUUUGCUGGCGGGGAAGAGACCUUUCAGGACCCCCAAAACCAACAGCGUGUCCACUGUCGCUGCCCCCAACUGCCCGGGGCUCUCCAGGGAGUCGGCAGCAGGGGCCACGUCCGAGGCGGCGGCCGCCGGGGAGGCCGCGGCAGCCGCGGCAGUGGCGGCGGCAGGGACAGCAGCAGAGUUCGCAGCGGGGGAGGCCGGCAGAUGCCUGGCGUUCGCCGGGCCCGGAGCUGCCGGCAAGCCUGCGGGAGAAGCCGCUCGGGACGCGUCGGAAGGCCAGCUCCUCUGGGACGCGCCGAGCUCGGCGGGCAGUGGGGAGCCGGCGGGAAGGCCGCCCCGCAAGCGCCGGGAGGAGGAGCGAGCCCCCCGCACUUCCCGCCACCGCAGGGCCGCCGACAGCCGCCGCAAGGCCCGGGGGCACAAGAUCGCCCCGGCGGACUCCAGCCGCUCCUUAGGCAGCCACAGAGCCGCGCGGGAGCACAAGGAGGACAAGGGCCGCAGCAGCCCGGCGCGCGGCAGGCGCGCCCCCGACGAAGGCAUCAGCCACGCCCCCAGCGCCAAGGACUCCGGGACCUCCCACAAGUCGGGGCGGAGCGUCUCCGGCGGCAGCUCGGGCUCAGGCACCAAGAUGCUGGGCAGGAUCCGCAGGUUCCUGAGGAACCUGAGAGUCAGCCUCACUGCCUGAGGCGCGCGGCCUCCCCACACCGCAGAGACGUGCCCAUGGGGGAGAAGACUGCGGACACGAGCGGUGUGGUGUGGAGGCCAUCGCCCAGGCGGCGGCGAGCAGCCAGGGCUUGGAGAGCGCAGGGAGCCGGACAUCUGAGGUCAUGGGGGGAUGGAACUUCCUAGGCCCAGAUAUUGGGCCGCUGGGGGACCUCUCCCAGGAGACAUUAAACAAAAAUAAAAUAAAAAAAAU